AUGGAUGCCUUCAAAGAUGGUAAAUUCCCUGUUAAAAGCACCUACAAGUUGUUAACUUACAUCAACAGUGAAGUGCAAGUUAACGGAGUUACUGUCAAUUCAAGAGUCUGGAAAGCAUUAUGGAGUUGUCAAGCUGCUCACAUAAUCAAGUUAUUCACUUGGAAAUGCAUUAGAGGCAUUAAUUCUAGAAAAAGUAAGAGAACUCUAUAUUAUUCAGAAUUGGAUACUCACUGUGAUAUAUGUAGUCACGGUGUUGAAGACAUGGAACACAUAAUCUUUGAAUGUAGGCAUGCAUGGCAGUUUGGAGAGAGCAGUGGAGAUGGAGCAUUGAACUCAGAGGCAGUGGAGUGCAUGGCAGUAAGGGAAUCUUUAUCUUGGGCUAAGGAAAUGAAGCACUCACGUAUUCAAAUUGAAGCAGAUGCGAAUCGAGAUGAUAAUCAAGUUACUAAUGCUAUUGCUAAGAAUGUUAGGCAAACAACAAUGUCACUUGAAUCCUCUGGAAACUUUGAACCAGCUAUUCGUGGUCUUCUGAGUGCCAAAGGACUUGUAUCUAAAAUUAGUACUACGGACUUUACUCUAGUUUUUCUCAUUCUCGAGUACUUACAUUCUUACAUUCUUACAAAGACCAGAGAAUUCAAUACCCUUGCAAGUUUGCAACAAUUCCUAACUACAAAUCCACAGUCUCAGUCUGUUAGAGUAUUAAUCAGUUAUCCUAAGACUCCGGUCACUUCUGAGAUUCUAAACUGUUUGCCAUCUUUGGGUUGUGUCUUGACAGUUUCUGCUGGUACUGAUCAUAUAGACUUGGUUGAAUGCAGAAGAAGAGGUAUAGCUGUUUGCAAUGCUGGUACUCUUUACUCUGAGGAUGUUGCAGAUUUUGCAGUUGGUCUUCUGAUUGAUGUCCUCAGGAAAAUCUCGGCUGCUGAUCGAUAUGUUCGUGCUGGUCUCUGGCCUGUAAAAGGCGAGUAUCCUCUGGGUUCUAAGCUGGGUGGCAAACGGGUAGGAAUCCUUGGGCUAGGUAGUAUUGGCUCGGAGGUGGCAAAAAGACUAGAGGCAUUUGGCUGCAUUAUCUCAUACAACUCGAGAAAUAAGAAACUAUCUGUUCCAUUCCCCUACUAUUCUAAUCUCAUUGAUCUUGCAUCCAACAGUGAUGUCCUCAUUGUUUCGUGUGAGCUAAAUAAAGAAACCUUCCACAUCAUUAACAAGGACGUCAUGUUGGCAUUAGGAAAGAAUGGAAUCAUCAUAAAUGUUGGACGUGGAGCUCUAAUUGACGAGACGGAAUUAGUGUGGUGUUUGGUGCAAAGAGAGAUUGGGGGUGCAGGGUUAGACGUAUUCGAGAAUGAACCUAAUGUUCCUAAAGAGCUCUUUGAAUUGGAUAAUGUUGUCCUAUCUCCACAUAAAGCUGUGCUUACCUCGGAAUCUUUUGAGGCCCUACAUGAACUGAUACUAGCCAACUUAGAUGCUUUCUUCUCUGAUAAACCUUUGUUGUUUUUGGUCAAGAAUGAUUGAAACAGCCAUCUAAUAGAUAUUGUGCAAAACUGGUGUUGCAGAAUAAUGUGAACAGUGUGUUCAAUAUAUUUGAUAACUUAAUAUGAAGAAAUUCAUUCUGAACAAAAAUAAACUGUAGCAUUGAUAUACUGGUUAUGAAAAUAUAUUUGCCGUUGCUGUGUAACUUUUUACUAUCUGAUCUUAUUUCCUUCUUCUUUCAUGUUGUCACUGA